UAUUAAUGACGUAUUUCCGGCCUCUCGGGUAGGCUCCCAGAGAAUAUUCUCGAAAGUCGUUUGGCGUUUGAGGAUGUAAAAGCAUCACAUUACUGAACGAAUAUUGCAACAGAAGGAUUUUGAGUUAAUAAAUUGAUAAUAACGUUGCGGAACGCAUACCGCGUGAUUGGCUACUUUUAUUUUGAUACCAAUUAGUGAACAGGAAGUGGUCACAGCAACAGUGCUUUGUUGUUAUUGCCAUCGCUGCUGCUUACAAGUUCAACUGUUACAACGAGAAAGAGUCGUCAGAAUGGCAGAGUACAGUAAUGUGCAGAAGGGCGCGUUAAAAAUGAAAGGCGCCGGUGACUUAUCAUUAGGAAAGAAAAAAAAGAAUAAGAAAAAGGAAAGCAAGAAGCACCUGGAACAGAUUAUGACCAACCCUAACAAAGAAGAGGAAACAAAGAAAACCUACAUGAGUAAAAGGACUCCGGCACAGAUCGCAUUUGAUAAGAUGCAGGAGAAACGGCAAAUGGAGAGAAUAUUGAACAAAGCAUCUAAAACUCACAAAAGAAGAGUUGAGGAGUUCAACAGACAUCUGGAUACGCUUACUGAACACUACGACAUCCCAAAAGUCAGCUGGACCAAAUAAGGACAAAGUGGACUAUCUUGUUAUUGUUUUUAUUUUGUUGGUCUUGUCAUUUUCAUUUGUAAAACCAUAUUUGAACUUGAGUUGACAUUGUUUUGGAAUACCAUUUUCUUUGUGAUGGAUUUGUAUCACCAGAGAAAAAACAAAAGACAAGUAUGUGAAAAAAUGGAUUACUUUAAAUUAAGAACUACUUUGGCUAUUAUAAUAAGCAAUCUUGUUGCUUGAGAAAGUAAUUGUUUUAUUUUGAAUUUUAA